AUGGCCUUCCGAACUUCCCUGGCUGUUAUAGUCCUCUGGCAGCUGUCCACUGCAGACGAGCUGCAGAGGCUUGCAGACUGGAGCUUGGAGGAUUGUGGCAAAUACAAGAUCUGCGAUUUCUUCUGUGAUGUGGACUACUAUGUUUAUCCGCAAAGCUCCUGUGAAGAUUAUUGCCACAGAGAUAUUGAUGACCUUUGGGAUGUUUUUGAUUCCUUCUGUGACAUUGGCCUCGAGUACAUGGACGGAGAGUUCUGUGAUGAACUGUGUCACGAAGGGUUUCAUUGCGAUGGCUUCAAUUGCAUGAAGUGCAACAGCCGAUGCUAUGAGACAUAUUCCUGGAUCUCCAAAGUAUACGAUGCUUGUGCAGACUGUGCUGACGAGAGCUUCGGGCAAAGCCCUUCGGCUUCCGCAGUGGCCGCCACGACCACCACAACAACCACAACCACCUCGACCUCCACGACCACCGUGACCACCACAGAGGUGUGCUCGGACUUCGCGUCGUGGUGCCCAGCCAUCUGCGAAGCAGUAGGGAAGCCUGGGGACGAUUGCAUCACCGCGUGUCAAACACGAAACGGUGAGAUGACAGCAACGGCAAGGACCUUCUGCCGAUGUGGUUUCUGCAGCCACUACGCUUGGCUGGAAGCAGAGACGGCGAGCCUCUUGCAGACGCAGAAGUUGCCAAGCCCGGGAAGGGACGAAGAGAAAGCGAAGGAGGAUGGCUUUGACGAGUGCAAAUGCCGAAGCGAGGUGGAUUUUUGCCAGAAGAUUUGCAAAAGUCUCAGCCUGCAGGGCGAUGCAGAGGCUUGUGCCCGCCAGUGCUACGGAGAUGCGAAGCUUGGCCCUGUCUUGACGGAGUACUGCACCGCUGUCGCUGCCUGCUGA